ACAAUGUUCGUGCCUAAAACGAAGAAGAAAAGCGGCAAAAUAGCGUUUUCAAAAUGGCAUUGCUUCCCAAAAUUAGCGCAUUUCUUCUUCUUCGUCCUCUCCUAUUCUCCCAAAAUCCCAAUAAGAAGAAACCCUUCUUUGCUUUCACUAAAACAAUGUCGUCAUGGACAUGCUCAACAUGCACUUUCAUCAACCCUCCUACCCAGAAAUCCGCCUGCGAAAUCUGCCUAUCCGCCGCACCCGCCCCGUCUCCCUCAUCAUCCAUUUCACCCGAAAAGCCCAAAUGGUCAUGCGCAGCCUGCACUUUCCUGAACCCCUUCCGCAGCACGCGGUGCGAAAUAUGUGGGACCAGAGCCUCCGCCGCUUCGCUUUCAACCCUCCUUGAAACCGGCGAUGACGAUCAGGACGUGGACCCUUCUGUGGGGAGCGUUUUCUUUCCUUUGAGAUCCUGUAAUAGUAGUAGUAGCAGUAUCAAGAAAAAAUUAGACCUAGUUGGGUUAGAUGAUGGGGUCGCUAUAGAUAUUACGAGAUACGGGUCGGGCACGGAUAGCGAUAAGAAUGGUUCGUCUGAUGCCAUUGGGUCCAGGGCUGAGAAUAAUAAGAGGAAAAGAAGGGAAGAACUGGUUGUGGUUGAGGAUGAUGGGAUUGAUUUGCUUGGUUUCAAGGAUGUCAAAGCAGGAAAAAAGGUUGCGAAUGAGUCACUUAUUUCAGAUGUUGUAGAGCAAGCUCCUAGCAAAACUUCUUUGCACAGGGAUCCCAAAAUAUUGAAGAUUUUGACAUACAAUGUUUGGUUUCGUGAAGAUCUCGAAAUGCAUAAAAGGAUGGAAGCUAUAGGUGACCUUAUUGAGUUGCAUUCCCCUGACAUUAUAUGUUUUCAGGAGGUUAUUCCCGAAAUUUAUGACAUCUUUCAGCGUUCUAGGUGGUGGAAGGUGUAUCGUUGCUCUGUGUCUAGUAACAUGGAGUUUACCGGGGCAUACUUCUGUAUGCAGUUAACUAAACUCUCGGUGAAAAGCUUCAGCUCCAAACCUUUUGACAAUUCUAUAAUGGGAAGAAGACUUUGUAGUGCUGAGAUUGAAGUUGCAAAAGAUCUGAGAUUGGUUGUUGCCACCAGCCAUCUUGAGAGUCCUUGCCCCGCACCUCCUAAGUGGGACCAGAUGUUCAGCAAGGAGCGUGUAGAUCAGGCCAAGGCGGCUAUCAAGGUACUGGAGCAAAAUCCAAACGUUAUCUUUUGUGGGGAUAUGAACUGGGAUGACAAAUUGGAUGGACCAUUUCCUUUACCGGAAGGGUGGAUUGAUGUGUGGACUGAGCUAAGGCCUGGAGAGAUCGGAUACACAUAUGACACCAAGACAAAUAAAAUGCUAACGGGCAAUAGGACUCUGCAGAAACGACUGGACAGAUUCAUAUGCAGCCUUCGAGAUUUCAAGAUUAAUAAAAUCGAGAUGAUUGGUAAGGAUCCCAUCCCGGGCCUGUUCUAUUGUAAAGAAAAGAAAGUAAGAAACGAGGUCAAGAAGCUAACGCUCCCUGUCUUGCCAAGCGAUCACUAUGGCUUGCUUCUGGAGAUUCGUCUUCCAUAGCUGCUGCAUCCUAGUUACCCAGUUUUGCUUUCUCUCUAUGCUAUUUUGCUUGCUCACCC